AUGCUGUGCACUAAUAACUUAUUGUACUUUGCCCUCGUGGCUCUUGCUUCAUCAGAAGUCCAGGCUAUCAGCGUAGGGUUCUGGGCAACAUUCGAUGAACUAGCUCCAAGUAACAAUACAGCCUCGCAAUCGAUUGGGCUUUAUCAGGGGCUAGAUUAUCGAGGCGUUAAGGUCGUUCGCCCCGGUCAAGGCGGAAUUCUUCUCUCCGGGGUCAAUCCUCAAAGUUCACCCAACGUUGGCGCAUAUGAUUCAACUACAGCCGUGGAUGGCCUCCCACAGCUGACUCUUCGAUAUCCUACUUCGGUUUACACAAGCUUCAUUCUUAGCUCCUUCUACUUUGGAUGCGUCUUGGGCCCACCUGAUGCCAUAGCUUCUGUUGCCGUCGGCUGCAAUGUCACGGCUAUUGGAUACUAUAGGGAUAGGGAAGCUACGAGGAAUUCAUUCAAGUUUGUUCCGGAUUCUCCCGGGGCAGUCCAGAAGAUGGCGAGAGCUGAUUUGGAGCGCCAAUUCAUUGGCAUAGACACACUCCAUUUUGAAACCGACUAUGCAGCAGCUGGAGUUGGUUCUACAUUCCUGGAUAAUAUCGAAUACUCAAAUAGCUACGGAAGCCCCCCACCGCCAUUCACUUCACCUGUUCCGUCCGAAGCGCCAAGCAGUACUACCCAAACCGUGGAACCAACUUCCGCGGCGUCCGUCGAGCCAACAUUGGGCUAUCCUAUUGGACCACGGCCUAGUUCAUAUGUGGGCAGCCCACCAGGGCCGGGGGUGAGUUAUCCCCGGUCGACUUUGAAAACAAGUACAUCAACACAACUUGCGACGGGCGGGGGCUCGUCAGCCUACCAUGUGGGAACCCCGACUGCCACCGCGAGCAAGGUUCGAAGAGACGUGGCAGCAACGACAGUACCAUCUUCAUGGUCCACUUCAGCCGUAGAUACUCCAGUGUGGUUAGUCCCCGAUUUAGGGUGGUCAACAUUACAGAUGGACACCCCGACUUGGAUAGUAUCGACUGUCACAACUCCAAGCCCUAGCCCUGUCAGACUCAGAAGGGAGUGGCACGGCUAA